UGGAUCAGCUGCAUUCCCCGUGGGAAACCCUGUGGUGCAGCGAUCCUUGCAGAAAACACCAUCGGCUGACUAGCCCCACAAAGGAGUCUGCUUGUCAAUGUGGCUGAAGUCCGUUUGGAAUUCCAGCAUAACCCCUUCCCCCAGCAAAAUCAUGCCUGGAGUAGAAACAAAGGUCGAUCUUCCUAAAACUGCCGCCUCUCGUCUCCUUCCCAGCCCAAAUCCAGCCUCAAUAGUUACACAGAGAACCUUGCGCUUUGACUUGCGUGCAGAGACGAGAGCUGCUUGCCAGUGAACCCCGAUGCCCUACAGUCUAUAUGUUAUAUCUCUAUGCCGCCUUCACUCGCAGUACAUCAAAGUGUAGCGGAGGGGAAGAGAAUGUCCCCGGAAUGUCUCGAAAUGCGCGUGCGUCACCUUUAUCCGUACUGACCGGCGUCUAAUGACUGACUGUACCCUAGAUUGAGGACCUCAUUGGAGGAGUCAACCGUCCUCCUCAUUAACGUCGAACGGGCAGAACUCAAACUUCGCUUCUCUCAGCUCUCGGUCCCUUCCUAACUCACGCUACCGCUAGCCAAUCAGCACGGGCAGGACCGAAGGACGUUUUUUCCCCCGACUGAAAGUUUAAGUAAGGUGGACUUUGUGCUAGAGGUGACAGACCAACAUUACUGAAAAUGGAAAAAGAAGCAUCUAGUGACGCUGUGAAAACCACCCAAGAAUCUAUAGUUAAGGAAGAGACCAUAACAGAAAGAAAAUGGGUGAAGCUUGAACAGACUACUUAUCUUGAUCCCACAGGUCAGACAAGAGUAUGGGAAUCUGUAAAGCGUACUACAAGAAGAGAGGGGGUUUCUGCGGAUGGUGUUGCUGUUAUUCCAGUGUUACAAAGAACUCUCCACUAUGACUGUGUUGUCCUAGUGAAGCAAUUUAGGCCUCCCAUGGGAAAAUACUGCUUGGAAUUCCCUGCAGGUCUAAUUGAUAGCAACGAAACCCCAGAAAGUGCUGCUUUACGUGAGCUGGAGGAAGAAACGGGAUAUAAAGGGGAAAUCCUUGAAUGCUCUCCAGCUUUAUGCUUGGACCCUGGGUUGACUAACUGUACAACACACAUCGCAACAGUCACCAUUAAUGGAGAUAUUCCUGCCAAUUUGAAGCCCAAACAAAAGCCGGAGGAAGGAGAAUUUGUAGAAGUUGUCACACUACCAAAGAAUGACUUAUUGCAGAGAAUUGAGGAGCUGGUGGCAGAGGAGCACAUGAUAGUGGAUGCAAAACUGUAUGCUUAUGCCUUGGCACUGAGGCAUGCAACAGAUCAGCCAUUCCAGGUGCCAUUUAUGAAAUUCUAAGACUGCUUAGCUCUUCUGAAGGAGUUCCCUGUGUGGAGCUAGAUCAGCAAUGGCAUUUCUUUCAUGCGACAGUCAACAAUUUGGACAUAGCAGUAAGCUUUUAAAAAAAGAUCGGUUUUGUAGCUGUCUUGCUUCAAAUCGUGCAACUAGACUAUCUACUAUGAAAAAAACAUACAAUCUCUCAUAAUUGCACCUUCUGUAUCUGAUUAACUGGAAUUGUCUGAGAAAAAUAAAUAUCUUGUUACCAUC